CAAAAUCUCUCACAAGUAGCUAUCAAGAACAAAAGGAAGGGGAGUUUGCUUGGUCUUUGCUCAUCAUCCUCUUGCCUUGAAAUACUACUUCCUGUCUCCCUCUCUGUCUACACACAAUCACACUCUUAUAUUCUUUUUUUUCUUUUGAACUUUCGCUCUUCUAUUCCUUUCUCUCUAUAUAUAUUAUCUAGUGUCUCUCUCUCUCUCCAUUCACUAGUAUUGGUCUCUACACAAAGAGAAGACAAGCAAUGGAGAACGGUGAGAAAGCAGUGGAGACCGUUGUUGUUGGGAACUAUGUGGAGAUGGAGAGUGAAGGGAAAGACUCAGACAUGAAAUCUAAGCUUUCCAACUUGUUUUGGCAUGGCGGUUCUGUCUAUGAUGCUUGGUUCAGCUGCGCUUCCAACCAGGUGGCGCAAGUGCUGUUGACGCUUCCAUAUUCAUUUUCACAGCUAGGGAUGCUGUCAGGAAUUCUGUUUCAGCUCUUCUACGGCCUCUUGGGUAGUUGGACUGCAUACCUCAUUAGCAUUCUUUAUGUCGAAUACAGAACAAGGAAAGAGAGAGAGAAAGUUAACUUCAGAAACCAUGUCAUUCAGUGGUUCGAGGUUCUUGAUGGAUUGCUUGGGAAGCACUGGAGGAAUGUCGGGUUAGCAUUUAACUGCACCUUUCUUCUCUUUGGAUCUGUCAUUCAACUCAUAGCUUGUGCCAGCAACAUAUAUUACAUAAAUGACAAUCUGGAUAAGAGGACAUGGACAUACAUAUUUGGGGCAUGUUGUGCAACCACAGUCUUCAUCCCUUCCUUCCACAACUACAGGGUUUGGUCUUUUCUUGGACUCUUGAUGACCACUUACACUGCUUGGUACCUCACCAUUGCCUCCAUCCUCCAUGGUCAGGUAGAAGGAGUGAAGCAUUCGGGACCAAGCAAGCUGGUGUUAUACUUCACAGGGGCCACAAACAUUCUUUACACAUUCGGUGGCCAUGCUGUUACUGUAGAAAUAAUGCAUGCGAUGUGGAAGCCGCAAAAGUUCAAGUCUAUUUACCUGUUUGCGACUCUGUACGUUCUGACGCUGACGCUGCCUUCUGCGUCUGCGGUAUAUUGGGCGUUUGGCGAUUUGCUUCUAAACCAUUCAAACGCAUUCGCUCUCCUCCCAAAGAACCUUUUCCGCGACUUUGCAGUGGUGCUCAUGCUCAUCCACCAAUUCAUCACGUUUGGGUUCGCCUGCACGCCUCUAUACUUCGUGUGGGAGAAGCUGAUAGGCAUGCACGAGUGCCGGAGCAUGUGCAAGAGAGCCGCCGCGAGGCUUCCUGUGGUUAUACCCAUCUGGUUUCUGGCAAUCAUAUUCCCUUUCUUCGGUCCCAUUAACUCAACCGUGGGAUCACUCCUCGUCAGCUUCACCGUCUACAUCAUCCCUGCGCUGGCUCACAUCUUCACCUUCCGCUCAUCCGCUGCACGUGAGAAAGCUGUGGAGCAGCCGCCUAGGUUUCUAGGAAGGUGGACAGGAGCUUUCACCAUCAACGCAUUCAUUGUGGUGUGGGUGUUCAUAGUUGGAUUUGGGUUUGGUGGUUGGGCCAGCAUGAUAAAUUUUGUUCACCAGAUUGACACAUUCGGACUUUUCACGAAAUGCUACCAGUGUCCUCCACCGGUAAUGGCUUCACCUCCUCCGAUCAGUCAUCCUCAUGUCAACCACACUCGUAGCCUUUGAGCAACAAUGAGCAGACACGGUUGGUGUAUUCCAAGGAGAUAGAUUCGGGUUCGUUUGUUUAGAUAUUUACCAAGGCUCUUUGUUUUUCAAUUUUGGUCGUCAAGUUUUACUAUCGUCUUUCAUGUUUGGAAAUUAAAGAGGACAACAUCGUAUC